AACUGUGGGUAGAUUUGAAAUCAGCGACGUCAAUUCAGUAAGAAAGUUUAUUAAAUUAAAAAAAAAAAAUUAAUUUUGUUCACCAGUGUAAUAUUUGACAUUGUUGCGAAUUUUUGAAAAAUUAAAGACAUUUAAAAUGUAUUAAAUGAAUAACAGUGACAUAUAAAAUAUAUACAUAUGUACAUAUGUAUGUACGUUCAUGUAUAUAAAAAUUGGUGAAUAUAUUUUCGGUAAUUAUCAUUUUGCACGAAUAUCAAUCCUUUCCCAUAUUAUCAUUAAUUUGUGUCUGGCGUCUUGUUUUAGUCUAGAAAAAUGUAGUACGUACUAACUAAACUAUCUACCAUAUGUGCAUGCAUACGUAUAUACAUACAUAUGUUUCUACUCAGCAUUAAUCUGCAUUCAGCACCUCUAACGACCAUUAUAUGCACAGGUAUGUCUGUAUGUAUGUCGUAGACAGGUAAAGGACAUUUUUCGUUUUGCAUUACUAUUACUCUACCCAGGUACACAAAUUUUAAACGCAAAUUUAAAUACUCAUUUCAAUUUUAAAUUGCAUGCCAAACAAGAUCGUCGAAAAUACUAUGGUGGUGUAUAAACGUUUGUUUUUAUUUUUUUUAAUAUCAUUAGUUGAAUUUAAAAUAACUUUAACUGCACCAAAUGUGGCAAAUCCAAAGCAAAAUGCCAGUUUGAGCAUAACUGAGGAUUAUAAAGCACUACGUAAUGAUGCACAGUGGUUUUUUCAACAUAUAGAAAUCAUAGCCGAUUCAUUGGUGCAAUUUUUACCCGAUAUAAAUAAGGAGGGCAGUAGAUCCUUGACGGCGAACACAAAUAAUGCCACAUUUGUGGAGAACACACGUCUCACUCUAUUACUUGGGCUACGUCAUAUGCUUGUAGGCAUUAAGGAAAUCUCAGUUUCUUUCCAACGUCGUUUAUCUGGUGAUCAUGAGCAACAACUCCAUCAUUUAAAAACCGUCGCCCAACUGUUACAGGAUGUCAUUCGAUUUGCUAAACAUUGGUUUUCACUGCUUCGUAAUAGUCUUGCGGAGUUAUUUCGCUUAUACAACCACUAUAUACCGGAAGUGUUGCUUGGCAAAUGUUUUGGAAAAUACAUUACAACUGCUUACCCAGAUCGUAGCUUUUAUGAAUACCCAUUCAUACUACUGGGUGAGAUUAUCGAUUUCGGUGUUACUUACCUACAGAGCAUACCAAUAUACGAUAUAGCCGGAGAAAAUAUUACAACGUCAUUACCAAUAGAAGAGGUGUCAGAUGAACAGAACGAAAUUUGGCCUGAUGAUAUGGAAAAGUAUUCAAGAAGUAUUGGGAUAGCAAGGGAUGAAAAUGCACAAGCAAACAAUGCACAACACCCAUGGCAGAAAUGUUUAAAAAUGUAUGCAGCGGAUAGUAUUUCAAGACAGUUAAAAUUAUUUUUCAUUGGAGAUUAAUAAUCGAUAUAUUAUUAUUGGUUCACGUUAUUUUGAAUUUAGCAGCCAAUGCAUAUUCUUAUUGUAGGCAUAACCAUAUUGAUAAAAGUAAAAUAAACAAUUUUAUAAGGGAAUUUAUACUAAA